CCCCAGCUUCCCCCCUGCACUUCCUGCUUCUCCAACGAAAACAAAAUGCGAUAGUUUAACUUCACUGGAGAGCUGUGGUCGAUGACAGCGUUAUUACUAACGCUUCUCGGCAUAUUUCACUGACCGCUGAUUUAAAUGUUGUAUCUCUCUCUGUGUGUGUGCCACUAAUAAUAAACUAACCAUGCAGUUCUCUCCCACCAACGGGGACUUCACGUUCGUCUCUUCGACGGAGGCUGAAGAGCUCAGCGGCACCAUCAGUGCCCCGGAUACUAAGCUAAACAUGGGCAGUGAGAGCGGUAAAGACCCGUAUGCCACCACCUUCCUGAGGCAGAGAGGCUACGGCUGGCUGCUGGAGGUGGAGGAGGAUGACAGUGAAGAGAACAAACCUCUUCUGGAGGAGCUGGACAUUGACCUGAAGGACAUCUAUUACAAGAUUCGAUGCGUGCUGAUGCCAAUGCCAUCACUGGGUUUUAACCGGCAGGUGGUCCGAGACAACCCAGACUUCUGGGGCCCUCUAGCCGUGGUGCUGCUCUUCUCCAUGAUCUCCAUCUAUGGACAGUUCAGGGUUGUGUCUUGGAUCAUCACCAUCUGGAUAUUUGGAUCACUAACAAUCUUCCUGUUGGCUCGUGUUCUUGGUGGUGAGGUUUCCUUCGGCCAGGUUCUUGGAGUGAUUGGAUAUUCCCUUCUUCCUCUCAUCGUUAUAGCCCCUCUGCUCUUAGUGAUCGGAGGGUUUGAGGUGGUUUCUACACUAAUCAAACUGUUCGGAGUGUUCUGGGCUGCUUACAGUGCUGCUUCCCUACUCGUCGGAGAUGAAUUUAAAACGAAGAAGCCCCUUCUCAUAUAUCCCAUUCUCCUUUUGUAUAUCUACUUCCUAUCAUUAUAUACUGGUGUGUGACUGGAUGAUUUGAAACUGUGGACCUUUUCAUGGACAUUGACCCUGGAGCAGUAGGGGGGCGGGAUAACUACGGAACCAGGAUUUUUUUUAAAAACGUGUUUAUUUGUUUUUUAACUAAAAAAUUGUAGAAGGUGGGAAUAUAUAUAUCAAUGUAGAUAGUUUUGUCCCUUAUGUCUUUGGUCAAUAAAAUGCAUAUGCUUUUACAGCUUACACUUCAGGAUGCAAACUUGUUAAACAGCGGGAAAUAGUCAGCAGGGUUGUAUAUUAAUUUAAUGACUUAGAUUUUACUCUAUGAAGAAUGUGGUGCCAAAUAUGAGUGGUGUAUAUGUUCAUGCUGAAGGAAGAAUUUGAGAGAAGAGACAGCACCACAAAGAAAGAGAUUGUUGAGCAUAAUGUUCUUCAUUGUUAUGCACUGUAAUGUACUAUGAGAAGUGUCCAUUAAUGCUAUUCAUUUUACACAGACUUGUUCGCUUAAUUUAUGGAUUUCAGCAGCAGAAACAGGUGGACUGGGACAGUUGGAGCUUCAUAAACCAUUGUCUACCAAAUGUGGUGCCUUGUUUUCCUACCCCGGAGUCCUGUUUGUCAGCUGUUUAAUACAGGAAUAUAAUCAUUUGAUCAAUAAUUACAGUAAAUCAAUAGUUAUUUGUCACAUAAA